UUGAAACUUGGGUAGUUUCUGCAUGUUAUAGAACUAUAUACGAGCUUUCUGUCGAAGAAAAGAAUUGCUGUACUAUCACUAAAAGCUGCGGUCCCACCUUCUACUGGACCUCUCCCAUAUACCAUGUAGGACAGCAGUUCUUCUCUGUAGUAGGUUCCGCCCUUCAUCUUCUGCCGUUAUAGCCCCUCCCGAAAUGAAGCUGGAAAUUGUCGGCCGUGGUGCAGUUUGCAUGAGAAGGGUUGCCUGAUCUAUGACACUUGAGACUGAAGCAGGCCGCAACAAUUCCCCCAUACCACGGGUUGGUGGUGACUGCACACAGUAGUGCUCAGCAACAUCACGGAGGUUUGCACUUGGUGCUGACGUAAAGAAUAAAAGUUAUUUUUUCCUGUGAAGAAAAGCUUAAACAAAAACGGUGCAUGUUCUGCUUGCGUGAGCAGCAUUGACAUAUUUUGGAGAUUGGGCUAACAUUAUGAUGACAGCUUUUGGGGGAAUCUCGGCAAGACUGGAAAAGGAACGUCUUAAAGCAGAAGGCAUAGGAACAAAUGAAAAAUCCUUCAAAUAUCUGAACCAGGAUUAUGAAACACUAAAACAGGAGUGUGUGGAGAGUGGGCAACUUUUUGAAGACCCCACCUUCCCUGCUGUAGGUACAUCUCUGGGAUUCAAAGAGUUAGCACCAAACUCUUCAAAAACCCAAGGUGUCCGCUGGAAACGACCAUCGGAAAUAGUGAGUGAUCCUCAGUUUAUUAUUGGAGGUGCUACAAGGACUGACAUCUGCCAAGGAGCACUAGGAGACUGUUGGCUUCUGGCUGCUAUUGGCUCUUUAACACUAAAUGAAGAACUCCUCCACCGGGUCGUUCCCCAUGGGCAAAGCUUCACUGAAGAUUAUGCAGGAAUUUUUCACUUCCAGAUCUGGCAGUUUGGAGAAUGGACAGAUGUGGUAAUUGAUGACAGACUACCAGUGAAGGAUGGAGAGCUUGUUUUCGUUCACUCUGCUUCAAACAAUGAAUUCUGGAGUGCACUGUUGGAGAAAGCCUAUGCUAAGUUAAAUGGAUCUUACGAGGCACUGUCUGGGGGAAGUACAACAGAGGGAUUUGAGGAUUUCACUGGUGGUGUUGCUGAGAUGUAUGAUCUAAAGAGGGCACCACGUGAUCUGUACACAAUAAUCAAGAAGGCGCUGGAGAGAGGUUCUUUGUUGGGCUGCUCUAUUGACAUUACAAGUGCAUUUGACAUGGAGGCAGUCACGUUUAAGAAACUUGUCAAAGGCCAUGCAUAUUCCAUCACCGGAGUCCGAGAGGUGGUAUAUCGAGGAAGACAGGUGAAGCUUAUUCGAAUCAGGAACCCAUGGGGUCAGGUGGAAUGGACGGGAGCAUGGAGUGAUAAUUCAUCAGAAUGGAAUGACAUUGAUUCUGACGAUAAACAAGAUAUGAGGAUUUCCAUGGAAGAUGGAGAGUUUUGGAUGCCCUUCCAAGACUUCUUGAGAGAGUUCUCCAGGAUAGAAAUCUGUAACCUGACAGCAGAUACUUUGUCCGGGGAUGAUGUGAGCAGGUGGCACACUGCUAAUUAUGACGGCACCUGGAGACGUGGCAGUACAGCAGGAGGCUGUAGGAACCAUCCAAAUACUUUUUGGAUUAACCCUCAGUUCAAAAUCUGUUUGCUAGAAGAAGAUGAUGACCCUGAUGACAGUGAGAAUGCCUGCAGCUUCUUAGCUGCACUGAUGCAGAAGAACAGACGAUUGCAGAGGAAAGCUGGACAGGAUAUGCACACAAUUGGAUUUGCUGUCUAUGAGGUUCCAGAUGAGUACAAGGGCUGCCAGAAUGUCCACUUGAAAAAAGACUUUUUUCUAACCCACCAAUCCUGUGCUCGCUCAGAGACAUUCAUUAACCUUCGUGAGGUCAGCACGCGUAUCAAACUCCCACCAGGAGAGUACCUUGUUGUCCCAUCUACAUUUGAACCCCACAAGGAAGCUGACUUUGUGUUAAGGGUCUUCACUGAGAAACACUCCACAACUGAAGAACUGGAUGAAGAAAUCGGUGCAGACCUUCCAGAUGAGGAAGACAUUACAGAAGAGUCCGUUGAUGCUGGCUUCAAAAAUAUGUUCUCACAACUGGCAGGAGAGGACAAGGAGAUCAGCGUUUUUGAAUUACGACAGAUCCUUAACAGGGUAGUAUCAAAACAUAAAGACCUGAAGACUGAUGGUUUUAGUAUGGAGUCCUGCCGUAGUAUGAUCAAUCUCAUGGAUAAAGAUGGCAGUGCACGUCUUGGAGUUGUAGAAUUUCAGAUCUUGUGGAAUAAGAUUCGCAGAUGGCUGGGGAUCUUCCGUCAGUUUGACCUGGACAAGUCUGGAACCAUGAGUGCAUAUGAAAUGCGUCUUGCUGUGGAAUCAGCUGGCUUCAAACUGAAUAAUAAGCUAAACCAGGUGCUGGUAGCAAGAUAUGCUGAUGAUAAAAUGAGCAUUGACUUUGACAACUUCAUUUGCUGUCUGGUGAAACUGGAGGCCAUGUUCAGAUCAUUUAAGGCUAUGGAUACAGAAGAUAGUGGAGCAGUGGAGAUGAGUCUGGGUGAGUGGCUUGUCCUAACAAUGUGUGGUUGAGGUCAUCGGAAAGAUGUCUGGAGAAAAACUCGUCAAUCCGUGCAUCCUGCAAGUGCCUCCUUCCUGUAACUUAGCGUCACAUAUAACUUUUUUAUCUCUGCUCUCCUCUACUUUUUGGCCUUAAGUUAAAUGCUUGGAUGCCAUAGUGUUUGCCAAGCUUGCUUUUUGUGUGGACAUUCUAGGAGAGAGAAAAUAAAUUGUUGAACUCAAUUUAUAAUUUCUACUUACUUUUUGCAAUUUAUGCCUAAUAACAAGAUUGAUGUGAAGGCAGGAGGCAGUAACACCUCCUUUGUCUUCUGUAACUUAGACUGGCCCUCAGCUAUUCAUCUCUGUGCAAGAAAGGGUGACUGCAGCUGAAAUGGUCUGUGAAGAAGGACGUUUUCUUCAGAACUGAAUUAUAUACAGAAAUCAAUAAAUGCAAAAUCCAUGUUGCAGGUUUUAGAAAAGUGGACUGUUUUGUUUUAAUAGAUGUUCUGCCUUUCUUGUAGCUAAACAUUUGUUUAGUCCACUUUACUGCUAGUGCCAUUUGAAGCCGAACGCCAGUUUUCAUUCUUGUUUUAGUUAGUAUUAAGUCUUUGUGGGCCUUGUGCUUUUUGCAACAGGUAAAAUUUAAGGUUAUGUACUUAUCAUGGCAUAUCUCUCAGUCGUUACUUUUUAGCUCAAAAUUUUGCUGUGCCUCUUCUAAGUCUUUGACUUUUUGUGAAAAGUUAGUGUAUUAUAGUUAACCAGUUUUUAUGACAAUUAAAAUUACAGGCAUAUUUUACAUCCAAAAUUAUUCUGUCAGGUUUUCUAAGUCAGCAUCAUCAGCAUUUAAAUAGUGUUUGUGGUUAGUGUAAGUGUCCCUGAUUCUGGACAUAAAAAAUUGGGAUCUAUGCAUCACAGUGAGCUGAUUUUAAAUUCUUCAGCUGACAUGGAUGUGCUGUUUUCCACUUUUGUAUCAGUGCUUUGACCACUGUGUUCAAAUGAUGCAGUAUGUAUCCUUAUUACAAAGGUUUUCUUGGUAGGACAACGUGAACAUCUGUUACCCUCAUCUUGUUGGUCAUUCCUAAGGAGUGCACUACGUACUCUUUUAUGAAUCUGGAUGUGAAUUUAGAUGUCUAGUUACGUACCUUGCUUUCUUAAUCCUGACAGCUAAUGGGGUGCAUAUGGUUUUAAGGAUGGAAGAAAAUUCUGUAGGGGGAAGCUCUUACCCUCUGCUAUGUUUUUCAGGAUUAGACAUUUACAAAACAAGAUAGUUAUCCACCACAGUUGUCAUUAAAUCAGAUUUGCUUAAUCACAAUAGUGUGGUCUAACACCACCAUGCGUAGGUUGCAUCACACUAUAAACUUUACCUUUUGCCGUUACAAGUGCUGUAGUACUGUGGUGUCAUUUUGUCAGUAUUACCAAACCCAGAAACAUUUUUAAAUUUUAAAAUGUAGGCCAAAAGAUGACCAGAAUUGCAACCAUUUGGUACGGUGUACAAAGGGCUGCUUGUGAAUUUCAGUGUAAGAUAGGAAUUUCAGGUAUCAGGACUGGUUAGUGAAGAAGUCAUAACAUAAAUUGUGUAAAUUACAUUAUUGACAAACCAAAUGUCUUCUUCCACCUGCAUGAGCUUUCUUUUUUGAGGGGUAAUGUGUGCACUUUUAAAAUCCUUUAAUUCCAUGUCAUGUUUCUUUUAUUACACCAGAAGACAUUGAAGAAAUAGCUGCAAAUCACAAUUCAACUACUACUACCCUGAUUCAUGAAACCUAAUUCUGUGCGAUAACUUUGCAAACACUGAGAUGAUAUUUAAAUUUUCAGUAGUGAUGAACAAGUCUGUGGUUCAUGAACAUCUGCUGGAUUUGCUUGGUAGGACUGCUUAAUGUUAAUGCUUUUUAAAGCUUGUGAGCUACACCACUUUUAGAAAAGGACACCUUUUUAAUUCCCUACAAACUAUUCCUCCAAAUACAGAAAGUCCAGAGUGACUUUGCAGUUUGUGAUGUAUUACAUUCAUCUAUGGAAGGGCAUAGUUUUUGAAUAUGAGAUAGAUGUUGGUAUAUUCCAAGACUGCUGAUGACUUCGGUAUAGCCUUUUUCAUACCACAGAUGGUCUUUUCAGACUUUUCAUUUGCCAGUGUUUAAUCUUCAUUCUUAAGCAGCUGUUAAUGUGGUUGCCUACACUGCUUGUGCUUGGAAGAGGGAGUCAUGACACAGACUGCAGAAAUAAGAGGCGUUAGGUAAAUGAAUGCAUUUGGACCCUUAUGAAACAAAUGCAGAACUCGGGCCAUUUUUUGACCAAACAAGUUGGUAUGAAGACAGACAUGCGUUUUGCUGUUUACUCUUCAAAAAAGAAAUGAUUGCUUUGUUGCAUGCAUUCCUAAAAAGGUUAAAGGUUUUCAGCUUGUUCUCUGCCAUGAAUGCAUUCAUUAAACUUGGACACAGUGUUUCAUGAGUUUGUACAUGUAGUUGUUGGUUCAGUCUUCUUCAUGUUCGUUUGUGUGUGACCACAUCUCUGCAUCCUGUGCAUGGGUGCCAGUGUGAAAAGGGCAGAGUAUGUAAAAGUCACGGGUUCCAGCAAGGACAGUAGUUAAAAUUGUUUGCUCCUUGCAAUCCAGUAAGGCUGCUGACAUUCUUCACUGUUAACUGUAUUAUCCUUUUUGUUGAGGGCAACUUUUAGCCAUUUUUUGAACCAAGUCUGACAAAGACUGAGUGAAGUGUCAGUUUUAUUAAAUUCUUUGCUCUGUUAAAUAGGCUGCAACAUAGUGGGCUGUUCCAGAUAUGAAUCAUGAAAAACUGACCAGUUUUUCAAUCUCUAAUGCAUCUAUGUCUUGUGGGUCACACAAUGGUUAAUGAAAGUCUGAAGCUAGUCAUUCCAGUAAUGCUAUCCCAGUGUCAUGUUACAGUACCAGUCCAACACAGCAUUCUUCUCAUGGCCAUAAAAUAGGCAAAUGUUAUUCCUAGAACAGCGACACUUUCAUUAAAAAAAGAAAAUCUUAUUCUAAUUUUUUUAUGCGUGUAGUAGGGUAAUAAUAAUAAUAGUAAUAUACCUUAGUAUCUCCUGCAGUGUGCAUGUGAAAAUGGUUCAAGUCAAGGUAGAAGCUGCAGCAGAUGUAUUUACUUGUACCAAGGUUUAAUAGAGUUAUAUAUAUAUUAUUAUUGCAUGCCAAAGCGAUUAGCACAGGAUUUACCAUUGCUGUACUUCCCAGAUACAUAUCUUUGCUGAUAUUACAAAACAGAAAAAAAAAUACUGACUGGAACCGCAUCUUUAAUAUAUUCCCCAGGUAGCACAGUCCACUUGGGACAGACUUCCUGUUAAACAGAUGGUUUAAAAUAGAUGCACUUGUUUAUUUUACCAGUGGAUUUGAAAGUAGGCUCCAUAUGUAUCUUGCAUUUGAUUUCUUACUAUAGAGAUGACCCACUGUAUGAGUUUUUCUUGAAGGCUGCUGGGAUAUAAUAGAGAUUCAGAAAUGCCUGUGACAAAUUAUGUUUUGAAAGGUCUGUGCUGGUUGCUUGAAUUGCUAAAAUGAAAGAGACAAUUCAAUAAAGGACCAAAAAUAUACUAAAAUA